AUGGUGGGGGAAAGACAGAAGAAGGAAGAUCCAACAGACGCGGCACUCAGCCGGCAGAGGCUCACGAGGGUCCAGAGGCUCUCUGACAUGGGAAUCCAUGAAAUGGCCGUGGCCCGAUGGGAAUCUAAAUACACUUUACAUAUGCUUGGCCUCGCCAAGGCCGGGGCUUUAACCCGAGAGGGGGGGAGAGUGAUGGACGGUGAAGUCGAGAAAUCGACUUAA